UUUUUUUCAGACCAACGGGGGGAAACUUUGAGGACUUGUGACCGCCUCGGCUGCACUCCUGCCCGGUGUUUUGCUGAUCUGAUCUGGGAAUUGAACUAAUGACCUCGUUGCUGGGAGGCAGUAACAUCUCCAACACUUUGCCAACACCAUUCUGUGUUAUCUGGACUCCUGGAGCGUUUUGUCCUUUUCUUUUCCAGGGAAGAGCUGGAGCACACUUCACUCAACUACAUCAGAGACUGCUGGACCAGAGACCAGCGCUGACCACAGAUUGGACACUAAGAAGAUCUUGCUGUGUCCUCGGACCAAACAAAAUGGCGGCGUGGAUGGGCAGCUGGGUCACUCCGCUGCUGUUACUCUGCAGUUUCACACAGUUUUCUGCAGAGGCCAGUCCAGAGGUGAACGAGACGCAGCAGCACCCCACAAACGUGUACCACGACAUGGGGGUGACCCGGAACAAGAUCGUCACCGCUCAGUUUGAGUGUUACCAGAAAAUACUCAAGGACUCAGCAGGAAACAGGAACGACUCCGUGUGUAACCGGACGUGGGACGGCUGGCUGUGCUGGGACGACACCAAAGCAGGAGUGAUCGCAGAGCAGCACUGUCCUGACUACUUUCAGGACUUUGACCCCUCAGAGAUGGUGACGAAGAUCUGCACUGACAGCGGGCAGUGGUUUCUUCAUCCAGAGUCCAACCGAACAUGGACCAACUACACCCGAUGCAACGAGCACACCAACGAAGGCAGAGUGACGGCCAUGAACCUGUUCUACCUGGCUCUGAUCGGACACGGCCUCUCGCUCACCUCACUCUUCGUCUCUCUGGGCAUCUUCUUCCACUUCAAGAGCCUGAGCUGCCAGAGGAUCACGCUCCACAAAAACCUCUUCUUCUCGUUCGUCUUAAACUCGGUGAUCACCAUCAUCUGGCUCACGGCUGUGGCCAACAACCAGGAGCUGGUGCAGAGGAACCCUACGAGUUGUAAAGUGUCCCAGUUCAUCCACCUCUACCUGUUUGGCUGUAACUACUUCUGGAUGCUGUGCGAGGGCAUCUACCUGCACACUCUCAUCGUGGUGGCCGUGUUCGCCGAGAAACAACAUCUGCUCUGGUACUACCUCCUUGGAUGGGGUUUCCCACUGAUUCCUGCUUCGAUCCACGCCAUCGCCAGAAGCUACUACUACAACGACAAUUGUUGGAUCAGCUCUAAAACGUCGCUGCUCUACAUCAUCCACGGGCCCAUCUGCGCUGCCCUGCUGGUAAAUCUGUUCUUCCUGCUGAACAUCGUGCGCGUGCUCAUCACUAAACUCAAAGUGACGCACCAGGCCGAGUCCAGUCUGUACAUGAAGGCGGUGAGGGCCACGCUCAUCCUGGUCCCUCUGCUCGGGAUCCAGUACGUGCUCCUCCCGUACAAACCCGAAGGACGCGUCUCCUCCGAGAUCUACGACUACAUCAUGCACAUACUCAUGCACUACCAGGGUCUCCUAGUGGCAACCAUCUUCUGCUUCUUCAACGGAGAGGUGCAGGCGGUUCUGCGCAGACACUGGUCCCAGUACCAGCUGCAGUUCUCCAGCGUGGGGACCCACUCAGACGCCCUGCGCUCGGCCUCCUACACCGCCACCUCCAUCACCGAGGUCCACACCACAGACGCCCAGGGGGGGUACUGCCUGGAGCCCCCGCAGACAGAACUGAACGGAAAGAGCUGUCCCGAAGACACCUCCCUCUACCGCCACGAUGGACCCUUCAACUGAAACAGGGGAGGAGGAAGAGAGGAGGAGAGGAGAGGAGGAGGCAUGAUGGACCAUUCAAGUGAAGAGGAGGAGGAGGAGAGGAAGAGAGGAGGAGGCACGAUGGACCAUUUAACUGAAGAUGAGGAAGAGAGGAGGGAGAGGAGGAGGAAGCGUCAGUCUGCACACAGAGAGGAGGGGGACGAUGAUGAAACUACCUACUCUGCAAGGCAAAUGAAGGACUAUUUACACGAGAUUCAACGACACCCACUGAAUCUAUAUUCAAGCACUGAAUAAGCACUAAAUAUACAUCUAUUUUAAAGGUCAACUAGGGAACUUGCUUGUCUCCAUGGAGAUGUCGUUUCUUUGCAUGGAAUGUUCCACAGUAGGGCCUUAAACACAUCUGCCUUGUAUUUAUUAUUUUAGAUAAUACUUUAUUGCAAUGGUGUAGUGGAAAUUUUUUUAAGUGUUGGUAAGCGAUUCGUGACGUCAUCGAUGUGAUGAAUCCCACCUACACCCCCUUAGUCCUGGUUUAGUCCUGGUUCAGUCCUGGUUUAGUCCUGGUUUAGUCUUGGUUCAGUCCUGGUUUAGUCCUGGUUUAGUCUUGGUUUAGUCCUAAGUUCAUCCUUGUUUAGUCCUGUUUUAGUCCUGGUUUAGUGCUGUUUUAGUCCUGUUUUAGUCUUGGUGUAGUCCUGGUCCAGUCCUGGUCCAGUCCUGGUCCGUCAUGUCUCAGGUCUCUAUAGGACAGUAGUGCAGAUAUCAUAAGUCUAUGCAGGUUGUUUUCAUCAUUGCUAGUAGCUCCAGUUCUGACAUGAAGCUACUUUAUAUUUGUUAUUUUUUAUAUCUCACAUCAGGAGAAGUGGGUGGCCGGUGUACCCAGAUCAUAGAUCCGAAAUUUGUUUCGCAAUGAAAGAGCAGCUCCAUCACACAGACACAAUUCAGUGUCAUAAACACACAAACAGUGGAACAAAGACUUCUGAUCUUCUGCUCGUCAUUGCAACUCAAAUUUUAUGAAUGAAGGUCCUUGUUUAGUUUCAGGACAGACCGGUGUAUGAAGGCGUGUUUGAGACUGAGCCUGUUAAAGUGUGGACACAGCACAUGUGUGGAUAGUAGCAGCACAUACUCUGUGUGUGGAACACAGCGACACCAGGACUAAAGCAGGACUAAAACAGGACUAAAACAAGACUAAAACAGGACUAAAACAGGACUGAAGCAGGACUAAACCAGGACUAAAGCAGGACUAAAGCAGGACUAAAACCUGACUCCAACAGGACUAAACCAGGACUACACCAGGACUAAACCAAGACUAAACAUGGACUACACUGGGACUACAGAAUUACUACACCCAACUAAAGCAGGGUUAAAUCAGGACUAAACCAGGACUAAAACAGGACUAAACCAGGAAUUAAGCAGCAUUAAAAAGAGGGUCAGAAAAAGUCCACCCAGGGGUUGGCCCACAAAACGGUUUUUAUAACUCAAAAAUACUGUGAAACACAUGAAUUACUUUGUGCAGACUUGCUUCUCCACAGAUCUGACCAUUGACUCGUCUCCAGUGUGAUAAUUAAGUUUAUUUCCAUACUGUGAAAUAAUCAAGGCAGCACCUCCAAGGAGACAAGCACGUUACGGCCCCUCCACCAGAAAAGUGACACAGUGCACCUUUAACAUCACCUUUAACACUCCCCCCCUUUUCGACUCCUCUCAGUGCCAACGUUUCACUUUCCGCAUGUUUUAAGUUCACAUUUUCGGAGCCCAAUAAGUGCCCACCUGCACUUGACCAGAAAUGAAGAGAGAAACGUCUUCACCUCUAAAUCUGAAUUUUCUUUUGCUAUAAAAAAGCCAAAAAAUGUCAUCUGAACUUAUCAUAACUCAAGCAGAUGCGGUUUGGAGAAUGAAGUCCCCCAAAAGUACGGCUCGCAGACUCUUCUUAAACCAACUCAGAAUCACUUUUGGACGUUUAUAUUUUAGCAUUUUGAUGGAAUUUCAAAAGACCUGUUCGGGGUUUUUUUUCUUCUUCUUUAUUUUUUUCAGUGCAACCUGCCAGAUCAAACACCUGCCUGCCUCAGCACAAGAACUCUGGUGAAAUUGAAGCACAAAUUUCACUUGCGUAGAGCCACUCGCCUGCAACGUUUCAUCUAAAGAGGAGACCGCCUACAGCUUUUGAGCGGAACGUUUCAAGUUCACUUCUGUUUCUUUAUUAAGGCUCAUCUCUUCUCUCUUCUCUUCUCUUAACCAUUUGUACAGUUUUAUCAGAAUACGUUUUUGUGCAAUAGUUAUUCUUCCUUGAACUCAGCUAAUUAUUGAUACUUUGCAGUGACAUCACGUCGGGGGUGUUCAGCAUAUGUGUGUAUGGAGGGAUAUUCAGCAGUUACCACGGUGACACAAUGCACACAUUAGUAAACACAGCCUGAUAAGGUUUAGAUUAGACGAAAAAAUACAAAAUUGAUUUAAAGAGCACAUUUUCAGGAGCCUGUGGUCAGUCCGAGCGUUCAGUCCCAGAUUAAACCUUCCAGACCUAAAGGCAAUUUUAGUAAAUUUUUCCUUGCCUGGAUUUUUUUCUUAAUUUUGUUAUUAAAACGCUCCCUUUUACCCCCUAAUGAAGUGUUAAACAUCUUUUUUUUUUUUUUUUUAAGUACAACCUGUUAUUUCCACAGUCUGCUUCUGUAGUUGUGUCAUAUCACUGAAAUUAAAAAUUAUAAGACCAGAAAUACAAAUGAAAAAGGAAAACACUCUUAGAAGCUUAAUUUAGGGCCUUAGCUACAAAAGUGCAAAAUAUCAAGUCUGUAAGUCAGAGGUCUCCAACCUGUAGCUCUCCGCUCCCUUCCAAGUAGCUCACCAAGGGAUUUCUGAAUUAUACGUAUUGUACUGAAUAACUCAAAUUUGAUUAAUUACCAUUGUUAAUGUGUUAUUUUGAACUUUGUGUUCUAAUAACUGAAUAAUGAUCUUAGGUUUUAUAGGCGUCUAACUGUACAACACUAAGACUUGUCCUCUUAUAUCCACUCAAUUUUGUGUGACCACUAAAAUGAGCUGCUCUCCAGCAUUUUCGUUUUGUGAAAGUAACUCAUUGGACUCAAAAGGAGAUCUCUGCAUUAAGUAAACAAAAAAAGAUCCUAAUAAUAAUAAAUAAUAAUGCAUUAUUUUUAUACAGCACUUUUAUGGACACUCAUAGACGCAUUACAGAUCAUUAUUCAGUCACUCCAGACCCAGUGGUGGUAAGAUACUAUUGUAGACUGACGGAAGCGAGGCUGCCAAUCUGCACCACCAGUCCCUCCGACCACCACCAUCACUCACACACACUCCACUUUCAUAUUAGGCAAUGUGGAUGAAGUGCCUUGCCUAAGGACACAAUGACAGCUUUUACGACUGCCGGCCUACUGUGGCACCUGAUUUUCCCAGUGUCUCCCAUCCAAGUACUAACCAGGCCCGGCCCUGCUGAGCAUCUGAGAUCUGAUGGGAAAAGUUCCUAUUGGACACUCAUUUUCCCUACACUCGUCCUAUCCUACGUCCCUGUACUCAUAAUAAUGCCGAAAAUAUGCUCAGAAAGUCGCAAGUCUCAGCUUUUCAAGAGAAAAAAAAUACAUUUCUAUCUUUUAUGGUUGGAAAGUUAUAUUCGGUUAUAUACAGUAAAUAUUCCGAAGUAUCAUGUACGAUACCUUUGGUCUGGAAGGGUUAAUAUUUAAUAGAUCUAGAUUUAAUAGACAGAGCAGUCCCUACAGUUAGCAUCACACCCUUGGGGAACGAGGAUGACAUCAGCUGCAAAGUAUCAAUAACAAUCAAACUUAAGGGUUCACUACAUGGGGCACUUGCAGAUGCUUUUCCUAGCAUGAAAUGUUCCGCCGUAUGGCAUUAAUCUAAUCUAUGUUGCAUUCAUUCAGUUCAUCUUGUCGUAACCGCUCAGAAUGACCUCGAAAAAUAUGGUUUGUGGGCUGCGUCUCCACAGAUCUGAACCUGGUCUUGUAACUCCUCUCCACAUUUAGAUUAGAUUUAGAUUAAAGGGACAGUUCAGAAUUUUGGACAUAGGACCUCAUUCCCUAGUGAGCCAGAGUGCUGUAGAUGUGUGAAGACACUUUUUUGAAAUAUU